UACGCGUAUUUUGAACUGUGGGCAAACGGACCACAGUGAGAGCAGCGGAGAGGCGACGGUCGGUAAUUUGUCUGUGACAAGUUUCGGUUGUAUUAAACUGUUUGCCAGUGAUUAAAAACGAGUCUGGGAUUUAAGAAUGAGAAAAAGCGAGGUGCUUGCAGCAGAGGCUGUGUCGUGCCUAAAUAAAGCGCUGUGCCACCUGAAGGACAUCUGGGAGGAGAUCGGUAUCCCAGAGGACCAGAGACUGCAGAGAACCAAUGUAGUCAAGAACCACAUUAAGAACCUUCUGGACAUGAUGAUCAAAGAAGAGGAAUCUCUGAAAAAGAGACUCAUAAACAGCAUUCAGACGUGCAGGACAGACAUGGAGAAACUCUGCUUGGAACUUCAGCUCCCUGUGUUUGAGGAGGAGGAAGGCAUCAGCAUGCUGCAGCAAGAGAAGAACAUCCGCACAGAGGUGGAGGCUCUGAUGAAGGAGAAGACUCAGCGGAUGCAGCAGCUGAAGCUUCUGCUGGAGCAGGACCAGGACCUGGUCGACAUCAUGUGCUCCAUCCCAUACGGCAUCGCUCCGGACUCUGUGCCCUCAAUGGAACAGCUGGAGAACUUUCGACAACACAUCGCCAACCAGAAUGCAGAGAAGGCAAAACGGCAUGCUGAGUUCAUGGACGUCAAGAAGCAGAUCAUCUUGCACAUGCAGGAGCUGGACCACAUCCCUGAGACCAGCUUUGAGAAGGACGUCGUGUGUGACGAUGAGGAUGCUUUCUGCCUUUCCAGAGACAACAUAACGUCACUCAAACUGCUUCUUUGUCAGCUGGAGGAACGCAAAGCUCAGAUCGAGGUGUCAUGCGAGAGUCACCGAGAGAAGAUCCAGCAGCUGUGGGAUCGACUGCAGGUUCCCCAGGAGGAGAGGGCGGCCUUCAACGAACACAUGGUUGCAUCCAGGAAGAGGAACCUGGAAGCGUUACAAGCCGAGGUGCAGCGUCUGGAGGAGCUCAAGCUGCUAAAUAUCCGCAACGUCACAGAAGCCAUCCGCUCUGAGAUCGCUGUGUUCUGGGAAAAGUGUUUCUUCAGCAUUGACCAGCGACAGGAUUUUUCACCAUAUUUUAGUGAGGAUUUCACUGAAGACCUGCUGAGCCUGCAUGACGCUGAGAUCCUGCGCUUGAGGCAGCAUUAUGAGGAUCACAAAGAGCUUUUUGACGGGGUUCACAGAUGGGAAGAAAGCUGGAGACUCUUCCUCGAGCUGGAGAAAAAAGCUACAGAUCCGGCAAGGUUCACCAACAGAGGAGGGAAUCUUCUGAAAGAGGAGAAACAGAGGUCUGAUCUGCAUAAAAGCCUGCCAAAGCUGGAAAAGAAAUUAAAAGCCCAGAUUGACACUUGGGAAAGUGAACAAAGUCGGGAGUUUCUAGUAAACGGCCAGAAGUUUCUGCAGUAUGUGCAGGAGCAGUGGGAGCUGCACCGAAUAGAGAAAGAAAAGGAGAAACUAGAAAGGCACCUUAAGAAGAGCAAACAGACUGAGGAGGAUAUGCUGUACGGAACAGCAGUACGAACUCCGACCAAACGCAGAUUCCUCGGCUCAAAUACGCCAAAUAAAACGCGAAAGCUGUGUAAUGCAACUUCCAGCAUGUCUAGUGGCACCUCCAACAGCACCAUGCGCUCCGUCUAUGGAGGAACAGUGUGUCGCUCACCUGUGCCCCGCCCUCCCCUCUCAGCUAAUAAGGUUCCAGCUUCACGGACACCAGGUGGCGGUAAACCCCCCCACCCGAAACCACAGGGCUGCAACAAGGAGAACGAGGCCCAGCUGAAGGGGACGCCUCUGAGUGGUGCGUUGCUGACCGCUGCUAGUCCACAGCGUAACUUCAGCAUAGCCUCUGUUGCCAGCACAUAUUCAGAGUUUGUGAGGGACUUGGUCAGCACUGAAUCUGUUCAGUCAAGCGAGACCUGUCCAAGGCCUCUAACGCCAAGAUCCAGCACAACGUCCUGAACUCCACCACCUCCAACCUCUGACCUCUUCAUGUGUCUGCAUCAGCUCAUAAUAUCGCAGCCCCUCCAAGGAAUUUCUGGCCUCAUCUUGGGCCAGAAAGGAUCACUACCCGUCACUGCUCUGCUUUUAUAUGUAAAUGAAGGUGAUAAUAUAUAAAGUGUUACUUCGGUGAUAAACAAGGGACAAAUAACCAGUUGUCUGUUUAUCUCUGUCUGCAGAAGAAACAAAUAUGUUUGUAUCAUAAGUUAAACUAACACUACUUUGGCUCUCUUUGCCGAUUACUGAGAUGUAAUAAAUGUUUUUGUCUUUUACUGCACAUUAUUUUUUUUUAAAACGAGACAAAAGAAAGUUUAGCUUUCUGAAGUUAUGCAAUCGGGGUAAGGCCAAAUGUAUUAUGAGUACGUUGCACUUUUGUUUUUUCCUUUUUAGACAAAAUAUUGUGAUGCCUAGUUUAAUUUUAAUUGACUUACACUGUUCCUUCCAAAUCAGCUUUUUAUAAAUGUGUGUAUUUGUGUAUAUAUUUCUCUAUCUGCUGUUUCUACGUAGAAACUCGACUUUCACAGAGACCGUUAUGACUCUUUAGUUAGAACAUAUAUAUUGGUGCUUCAUACUAGUUGAAAUAUAGUUAAAUUGCACAGAUUCAAAAUCAUGGCUGAUUUGGAUAAACUUGUCAUAAUAUAAUAAAUGUAUUUUCUACAUUAAAAGAUGGACAUAUUUCUUAGGAGGAAACAGA